GAUGAAUCGACUGUUCCUCUGACUCCACCCGAGGGCGGAGAGUCUACAACAUUCCUUUAUAUUAACCCAGAACCAGCAGAUGAUACCAUAACCACAACAGGGUCACAGACUCCUGGCCGGAUACCAGAGACCAGAACCACAACGGUCCCAGAUACCGGACAGACGGGGCUCGGCUCGUUUCGCUUCCUCGGUAAAACGAUGAGGUUUUUGGGGUUCAUUUGGGUUCUCCUGGUGGUGGUUGAGCGGUUCGCGGAGCUCGGUUCUGUUGGCCCGGGUCACCCAGCCAGAGGAGGACGCAUGGUGGAGGAUGGAGCUGGUUCUCCGGCCGCCACGGGACACUCUACCGGACACCCUACCAGACACCCCUUGGGACGUCGGGCUUUGAAUCGAGCCGAGGUUCCAGGGCCCGCGGGUCUGAAGCGAGGGAUGAGAGAAGCUAAGGCUGGGGGAGUGAAGAGGAGAGUCCCGCUGUCCCCCAGGGGGAUGGAUGAUCCGAGUGGGUACUUCACCACCCCACGGACCGGCCACUACAGUGCCACCACGAUGCGUAACUCGUCCGCUGGGUCCGGGCUCCUGAACCCGCUGUUCCCGGUGUCGGACGGGUCCUACUGGGCUUACACCGUGAUGCUGCUGGCGCUCGUGCUGUUCUCGACCGGCGUCGUGGGAAACCUCGCGCUCAUGUGCAUCGUGUGGCACAACCUGUACCUGAAGAGUGCGUGGAACUGCAUUCUGGCGGGGCUCGCGCUCUGGAACUUCGUGGUGGUGUUCUUCUGCCUUCCCAUGGUGGUGUUCCAUCAGCUGACUUCCACCAGACCCCUGGGGGAGCUGUCCUGUGGGCUGGUGCCCUACCUGGAGGUGACCUCUCAGGGCGUGGCCACUUUCAGCCUCUGUGCGCUGAGUAUUGAUCGUUUCCAUGCUGCCACCGAUCCCGGGCGACUGCAGAUGCUGAAGGUGGAGCCAUGUCAGUCCAUCCUGUCCAAGCUGAGUGUGAUCUGGUUGGGCUCACUGGUGUUGGCAGCUCCAGAGUUGCUGCUGUAUCAGCUAAUGCAGGAGCCGGUCAGCCUUCCGCCUGCAUCCAGUGAUCCGGGCUUCCACCCAGCCGCCUUCAGAGCCAGAGAAGACUUAUUGGUGGUAGACAUCUGUGUCAGCGAGCCAUCGGUGGCACUACCAGAGGGCGUCCUGUCAGUGGUGCUGACCUACCAAGAGGCCCGUAUGUGGUGGAUGUUUGGCUGCUACCUGUGCCUGCCACUGCUCUUCACACUGGCAUGUGACAUGGUGACAAGGCAGGUAUUGUCCCAGCAAGCAUUGCAGAAACCAGCUGAUGACAAGCCUGGUAGCAGAAGCUCCUCCUCUUCUGCAUCAUCCUCAACAACAAAGAGGAAGCAGUACAGUCGUGAGCACUGGAUGCGCUCUACCAUCAUGGCGCUCACCAUUUUGUACGUGGCCUGCAACCUGCCUGAGAUUGUGUGUAACAUUGCUCUGUCGUACAUCUCGGUGCCAGUGCCUGACAUGUUUCCUGUGGCAGCGCUACCCGCCGUCAGUCUGAUCAGUCAGUUCCUGCUGUUUGUGCGUUGUUCGGUGACGCCAGUGCUGCUGCUGUGUGUUUGCCGUUCACUGGGUCAGGCCUUCAUGGACUGUUGUUGCUGCUGCUGUGACGAAUGUUUCUCCGACACAACCUCCUCAUCUGCCUCCACCACUGCCACCCCCACCAUCUCCAAACUCCCCUCCCCCCUCUGCCCCCCUCCCCCCAGUGAGGAGACUAUGACGAGCAUGUCAAGAGAAACAAACGUCGCUUUUGGGACACCAUGCUGAGGUGUCUUUUUAAGGGAUUAUUUUCACUUUAUCACUACAACAAUUUGUUUAGAGCUUCAUCCUCAUUUCAUCACUAACAAAGCUACCUUUCAUAGUCUCAGCAUGUUAAAGCUAAUUUUUUGCAACAAUGAUUAUACAUUUCAUAACCUGGAGAUAAAAAUCUUGUUUUGAUGAAACCAUCAAAAAUUGGAACUCUAGCAUAAGUCCAGUCAUUUGUUAAAGUUGUUUUGUGUGCGUUACUGGCAAAAGCACUACAAAUUUCCCUUAAUUUCCACCAGGAGCAGAAGCAACACAUCACAACUCCAGCACUGUUUAACUCUGUCCUCUGCAGAGCAUCAGUCUCCACUGGGAGCAUUUCACUGGUCUCACUGACCUUUUUGUAACUCCCUCCCUACAACAGCUACUGCUCAAUCCUACGUUAGGAACUGUAACAGGGCACAGGAGCUCUGGUAAACUUUCAGAACAAGUGAUGGAUAAAGCAUGUGUGAUUGGUGUUCAUAGACAUAAACGUUUAUGUAUUUAGUUAUUUUGUGUGAGCCAGUGAUUGUCUGCUGGGCUUUUCAUCAACUUUUUAUCACAAGUAUAAAUUGUGAUUUAACUGAACACUAGCUGAAGGUGUGGGUCAUAGGGGCAGCAUGUUUUCCAGCUCCUCCAGGGAGAUACUGAGAUCAGAGAUAUAACCCAUCCAGUGUGCCCUGGAUCUGCUUCAGCGUCUUUCCCCAGGUGGACUUAUCUAAAACACCUCAUCAGGGAUUCAUCCAGGAGGUGUCCUAAAGACUUGUCCUGACCACAUCAACUCCCACCCUGUCAAUGACGGUGUUUACAUGUACACUGACAUCCCAGUCAUGAGGCGCACCCUGAUUUGAUGAUACUUUCAAUUCAAAUUCAGGAUACAGUUACAUGACACACAAACAACUAGAUACCCAUACCCUGUUUACAUGAUGGUAACUAGUUUGUGGUUACUCAUUAGUGCUGUUGUUUGUGCAAGUACCUGAGCAUUUUUGUGGCAUUUUAGUAGCUGCUACGUAACUACAAAGUUAUUGUGACUCUAGAACAUGAGACCACUUUGGUUUACAGCAGAUUUGUGCUAUUAAAUGACAACAUUGUGUGGUGCAGGUGUUUGACUGGUAUUCAUGCACUGUCAAUGGGACAUGAGAUCAGCCAGUAAACAUGUCCUCCAGUUGUUAUUCUGUCACUGUCACCAUGUAGGACAAGGAGGAUGAAGAUAUGCAACCAUGACUGACAGCAGAGGGUCAUCAUGAUGGAACUGGUUGACUGGUUUUAAUGUUAAUCUCAUAGAUUGAACUCUUCACCCUGCAGAGGACAGUCAUAUCUGGAACUUUUAUUGGUGAUAUUGUUUUUUUGGUCAUUAGCUACACCUUGUACAUGAAUAAGCAACCCAUCCAGACCUGAACCACUGAUAAACAGGGCCUGUAUUCCUAAAGAUUCUGAGAAUCCUCUCACAGAGCUCCUAACUUUAUCUAAAAAUUCCUACAAGGAGUCUUGGCUUAGGAGUGAUUCCAGAACACUCUCAGAGAACUCUGAGCAAGGAAUGGACAGAAAUUCCUAUCUUAGUGAGGAGGUGUGGUUGACCCCAUUGCUAGGUAUGAGUCAUCAUUUCAAAAGCUGUGAUUGGUUGAUCCUAAAAACUAGAAAAAACUAUACUUUUGGUGAUAAUGGCCGAGGGAUUGACCCUCAAAUCGAUAAACUUAAUCAUAGAAUCUAAUCUUAUGAGGACUGUGUAAUUGUAAAUAAUAUUUCACAUCAAAGAAAAUAUCUGUUCAAUGAAUAGUAAGC